CCUCUACGGACCCAGAGUGCGGUACUGUAUUUUGCAGCGGUCCAAAGCAAAAGAGAGAGGCACCUAAAAGUUAGUUAGAGCUGCGGUUGCUGUCUCUUCGCAUGUGCACUCUCUAUGCUCUACCUUGCGGGCUUCGGAUUCACGCUCAACUCCUCCAUCCUUGUCAGCCUACAAAGUACCCUACUUGCUUACCUCGUGCGCCCCCCUCCCUCUUGCCGAGGGCUGUGUAUGUCAAAAAGGUGUCAGCCUGAAGUUCGGGGUCCUAGUUGCCCGUUCGAAUCCAUAUCCCGGCGUCCCGGAGGAGGGGGGCGCAAGACCACUCGGCGACCAGCCUCAACGCUCUACGGCACCAACGGCACCAACGGGGACGGCACCACGACGGAGCCAACGGCCACUCCUGAUUGGCGUGUCUGCGUCCCGUUUUUGGUCGGCGGGAUCCGGGGUCGGGAGGAAUCUGUUUGGCGUAUACAGCCUGUUUACGUGAGAAUUGGGCCCUUCCCGACGGAGGUAUGGGCGAACAGUGCAUACUACAGGAGAACGCGACAACCCAAAUAUAGGCCGUAUGGAGAAUUUUUCAGACAUAUUGAAGAGUAUGCGUAUGCUUCUGUGCUGUAUGAAACGUGAUGGGCUGAGUUGGUUGUUCCACUCAAAUUCGCUUUGCUUGGGGAGAGCUAUUUUCUGCCCAUUUUGUUUGUUUCUGUUACUAUUCCUAACAUUUGAGUAUC